CGCAAAAGCUGAACCCAAUGUUGACAUCAAAGUGCUGUCAACUGAGGAGACAAUGAGUGACCACUUGAGUGACCAGUUGUGUCACAUCGGCAUCGAUGACACCGCCGAUGACCACAUGGACAGCACGGACACCAUCGGCGACACCGUCUACUCCAAGCACUGGCUCUUCAAAUGUCUGGUGAACGCCGUUAAGAUAGUGAACGGUGAGAAGAGUGGUGAUGGCGAUGAUGGCAGUGGCGGUGAUAGUGAGGGGUCAGCGCAAGAACCCAUUGAGUUGGACGAGAGGUCGGAGGAGGAGCUGUCGAUACUGUGGGACAUGUCGACCAACGAAGACGUGAUGGCAUUCCUCUAUGAGAUCAAAGCCAUGGAUCUGUUCGAGACGAUCAUCACGAGGACUAAUUCGCCCCGUUUUGCUGAAAUCAGUGCCGGAAUAUUGGCUAACAUUGCCAUCAAUUCAGACAUUUGUCUCAAUUUGGCGAAUAAACAACACUUCAGACAAUUAAUCGUGGAUUCGAUGAGCUCUUCGGACAUACCAUUCGUGAUACAAGUGAUACGUAUAGUGAGCGCAUCCCUGAGCAACAGUGAGACACAGGCGCUGUGGCUGCAGACCAUCCGCGACAACAGCGACCACUUCCUGCAGACCAUUCACUACACACUCGAGAACUGUUUGAAUUGCGAUCUCCUGAAGAGCGUGAUUCUGGUGAUCAACAAAAUGCUGUACUUAGACGACACGAUCGGCCAGUUGUGGCUCGCGUUUGACCGGCGAUACGAGUGCGUCAAAUGCCUUCUGGAGGCCUCGGAUCACCUCUUGAGCGAAGACCCCGAGAACAUUGAGUUCAUGGACUAUCUGUGGCUCGUUGUCCAUACGCUGAGUCUGUCGGGCAAUGACUUCACUGAAACUCAAUUGGUCUCCAAUCGCAGCGAACUGUUAGCCCUUUUCCGGCGAUACAUCUGCGACUCGUUUGGCGAUUCUGUCGACUAUAUCAUAGCCAGCGCUCACAGGGCCGGUGCUUUGUCGGCAGCCAUUUCGCUGACUAAUCAGAUACUAUGUCUGUCCACCUAUUCCUCGGUGGAAGUGCUAUUUGUUCCCCAAUUGUGCGAUUGUUUGCAGCAAUUGUUGCAUAAUUGUGGCGAAUAUCUCAAACAAUUGUCUUCGGAGUCCACGCAUGAGAUUAGCUAUCAGUUAGCGUUUGAUGGGUUGACUGCCAUUCAAGAUAUUUAUCGCGAUUUUAGUCAAAAACGUCUCCAUUCUGUAGAUAAACCUCAGAGUCGUUGAGAGAUUAUACACUCAAUGCUAGCUAUAAUUAACGCACACUUUAAUUAUACCGUAAUAAAUAUUGAAUACAAAAAUUGUUAUGAAGUU